UCUCUCUGAUAUAAUUGACGUUUAUGGUUAGGAUUGGCGUAAAGUACUAUAUCUCUGACUUGUAAGGUAUUGAAACAGAAAGAAGUUAAAGAAAUAAUAUAAGAAUCAAAGAUGGCAAGGGUGCCAGAUCAGGAACUGAAGCAAGCUUUUUCAAAGCUACAGGAAAAAAUGGUAGAUACCUCGCAGAAACUAAAAUUAGCUGAUAUGCAAAUUGACAAGUUGCGACGAACAAAACAACGGGCGGAACUCACCAUGAAAGAAAUAAGCUGCCUUCCUGGAAAUACAAGGAUAUAUGAAUCUGUUGGUCGGAUGUUUCUUCUAGAUGACAUUAGCAAUAUCAAGAAUAUGUUGGACAAUAGAAUGAAAACAUCAGAUGAGAAGAUCAAGACGUUAGAUAAUAAUAAAACAUAUUUACAAAGAAGCUUGAAAGAGAGCGAAGAUGACAUAAGAGAAAUGAUCCAACAAAGGCAAAACAAAGAAACAUCUGGUUGAAUGUUUUCACAGUUUUAUAUUAAACAACUUAAUACUACAAGCUUAAUUCUUCCUUUAUUCUGUUUUGACUAUUAUUUAAAAUAAAUAUCUGAAGUGACACAUUUUGUAUAAAACUUUCAUAUUUAUUGAUUUGGUCAAUUUUUCC